CAGAGGCCAGUAUCUAGGCGGGUCUGCUCAGAACCCAGAUUUAGGGAAACUAAACCACAUUCUGAACUAAAUCUAAUCUCUCACUUUGAGCAGUGAAAUGGCUCAGGCUGCAGGUCUUCUGGAUCAGGACCAGUUGAGCUGUGCGAUCUGUCUGGAUCUACUGAAGAAUCCGGUGACUAUUCCCUGUGGACACAGUUACUGUAUGGGCUGUAUUAAGGGCUACUGGGAUCAGGAUGAUCAUACUGGUGUCUACAGCUGUCCCCAGUGCAGAGAGACCUUCACCCCAAGGCCUGUUUUAAGAAAAAACACCAUGUUCGCUGAAGUGGUAGAGAAACUGAAGAAGACAGGACUCCAAGCUGCUCCUCCUGCUCACUGUUACGCUGGACCUGGAGACGUGGCGUGUGAUUUCUGCACUGGGAGAAAGCACAAAGCCAUCAAGUCCUGCCUGGUGUGUCUGGUCUCUUACUGUGAAACUCACAUCCAACCUCACUAUGAAUCUCCUGCCUUUAAGAAGCACAAACUGGUCAAAGCCACUGGAAACCUGCAGGAGAAUAUAUGCUCUCAUCAUGACAAACCUCUGGAAAUUUACUGUGGAACCGAUGAUCAGUUUAUCUGUUAUCUGUGUACAAUAGAGGAUCACAGAGGCCAUGAUACAGUCUCUGUGGCAACAGCAAGAACAGAGAAACAAAAGCAGCUGGGGGCGACACAGAGUAAAUUUCAGCAGAGAAUCCAGGAGAGAGAGAAGGAGCUGCAGGAUCUGAGACAGGCUGUGCAGUCACUCAAGCGCUCUGCACAGGCAGCAGUGGAGGACAGUGAGAGGAUCUUUACUGAGAUGAUCCGCUCCAUUGAGAGAAGGUGCUCUGAGGUGAAAGAGCUGAUCAGAGAUCAGGAGAAGGCUGAAGUGAGUCGGGCUGAAGGACUCCUGGAGCGACUGGAGCAGGAGAUUGCUGAGCUGAGGAGGAGAGACGCUGAGCUGGAGCAGCUUUCACACACAGAGGAUCACAUCCAUUUCCUCCAGAGCUCUAAGUCUCUCUGUGUCCCUCCUGGACCUGGAGACUUACCCAGCAUCACUGUCAGUCCACACGUCUCUUUUGAGGCUGUGAGGAAAUGUGUCUCUGGGCUGAAAGAGCGACUGGAGGAUGUCUGCAAGGGGGAAAUGUCUAAGAUCUCCAGGGCAGGCAGAGCAGUGUGCUGCUUUGCUGAAGGGGAGACCUGUCCCCUCUGCAUGGAGCCCUUUCAGAAGAAGCAGAGGCUGAUGUGUACUCAUGCCUUCUGUGCAGCCUGUCUGGAGAGAUCUGUAGAAAGACUGGGUCUCCAGUGUCCAGUGUGUCAACAAGCACUCAGAGUGCUGAGAGACCAGCCAGAGGGACAGAUGACACAUUUGUCAAACAUUUGUGGGUUUAUUGUGAUUACAUACAAUAUUCCUGGUGGAAUACAGACAGAGGCCCAUCCCAACCCAGGGAAGCCCUUCACUGGAAUCCACACAAAGUCCUACUUACCAGACAGCCCAGAGGGCCGGAGGGUGCUGAAGCUGCUGCAAAGAGCCUUUGAGCAGAAGCUGAUUUUUACUGUGGCUGCAACCCAUGGAGCUGCAGACAGAGUCAUCUACACUGACAUCCCCUAUGCAGAAUCACGUCAUCAGUGGGAACAGCCUGGAUUCCUGCAGAGAUUGAAGGCAGCACUCAGAGCCAAAGGCAUUGAGUGAUGAACAGACCCUCCCUUUUAACACGCACACACACAUGCACAUGCACGCAAGUACACACAUACACACACAUACACACAUACUUUAUAAGAUUUAUUCAAUAUAUAAGAUUUUGGUGUCUGGGGAGAGUAAACUUAGGGGGACAGCAGGCAAUCGAACCCACCCCUGCCACCUCAAGCUUUCUUCUUCUGCUCAUGUUCAUGGAAUAUGUCCCCAUUAAACGAUCAGAUGAAUAAACUGGUAAAAUGUGUCUGCUUGGGUCGAUAUUCAAGUACAUGGAUGUCGCCAUCUCGUGGAGCAGGAGGGAAUCAGACUGCUCUGUGUCUGUUUGGUCCUCAUGCACUGAACCGGCAGUUCCAUCAAUCUCCCUGCCCCAAGUGAGCAA